AUGCUGGCACGCUCAGCAUGGACCUGGAUCGUGCUCAUUGCGACGUGGGCUAGUCUUGUAGCAAGUAAGAGUCCUGCAGCUGCCUACGAGCUGAUUUUCGGCUACCACGUUUAUAACACUGCCUGGAAGUAUCGCGGCGCAGGCCAGGGGAUUAUUUAUCGUCAGCUCGACCCCGAAAAAGACAAAACUCUCUUCAAGCAAUCUUAUGGCCAGAAAGGACAUAAAGGAAGCCUCGCCGAAGGUCAGAUGGAUUGGAAAGAGUUUACCCUGGCUUGGCUACGCAACAACAAAAUCGGCCCUCAGAACAUCCCAGACCUGGAUCCGACAGAUCUGACUAAAACGGCCCAAAAAUUGUGGGAAAUCCCAGGGUCGAAAUUCGUGAAGUUACAACUUGCAACAGGCACUCUUUCAGAAGUUCGUGGCAAAGGACCCGAGUAUCAUACCGUGCUCAAAGGCUGGUCAGACAUGGUCAAGGAAGCUCGAGGAGCACUCGGGGACUCUAAGAUCGCGGCCGAACUCGAAGGCAUACGCCUUGCCAGCGAAAGAGCCACGUUUAUUCGACGAGCUGAAUUUAGCCAGGUGGAAUACCUAGGUGAAGAACUGGUGAAAGACCUCCCUGGGAUUGAGAUCAAAAGCAAGCUAGUCAGCAUUGAUGAGUUCAAUGACGUCCGCAAGGUUGUUGAUGUACAGGCAACUUUGACGGACCCCAAGAACAGGGAGAAUAUACCAAAAGCUCUUGGUCUGAGCAGUUCCGACGACUGGGUGAGCAAGUUUAUCCAAAAGGUGGAUCAGUAUGGUAUGUUAGUCGGAAAACCAGAAGAAGAGAUGACGCGCAGUGAGAGGGCGGCAUUCAAUCAUCAAAGAGUUUUGGCUACCGUGGAAGGGUUUCAGCGGGCUGCAGGGAAGAAUGUAUGUAAGUAG